GUAUAGAAAGUGUCUACGACGUUAGAGCAGUACAUCGAUUCAAAAUGGUAUACACUGUAAAAGACAGGGGAGUGAAGUCCACAGGGAAAAUGAAAGGCCCGCCACCUUAUAAUAUAACUGCAGGAAAGGGAAGUGCUUACGGUGCGUUCAGUAGGGACUUCGUGAAUUAUUCCAUAAAUGAUGCCAAAGCGCAGGGUAUUUUGAAAUGGUUAGAAGAUACAUACAGUCCUGAUGAAUUUUUCUGGGCCACUCUAGUAUUCAAUAAACACCUAACAUCCCAGGUGUCAACUACACAGGCGUUCCAAACAGAAAAUUGUGGAUAGCCAUCAACACGAGAUGGCGAAUGCCUAGUGAAAUUUGCCAUGGAAAGUAUGUUCGUGACAUU